AUGAUGAAUCAGAGCACUUAUAAAUUGGCAAUCUUGAUUCUGUCAGUUGCCAUGACGGCCACCACCACUACAGCUUUUACGUUCCAUGAUCUUCGAACAACAGCAUCCCCCAUCACUUCAUCCUCAUCGUCUUCACUUUCGGUUGUAUGGGACCCCAAAAACAAUGAAGGACAUCAAAGGGCCGGGAAUGAUAUUAUGAGUAGUGAAGACGAAUUGGUAGUAGAGUUUCCCACUCCGAAUCAACGGACCGCCCUGAAGAAGGAAGCCUCCAAGAGACAAGCCCGAAAGAAACUCCCAUCCUUUGUCUUGCCAUCAAAUGAUCAAUUGGGAAGUUAUUCCGAUGAAACUUUGGGAUCUAUUUGGAAGUUGCUGAAUGAGCACGAACUAGUCCAGAUCAAAGGCUUCGCACGUGAGAGUGAGGAACGCCGAUUAACCUACGAUUUGGCCAUGAAGUUGUGUUUGCAAUUGGAAUACGAGCAAGAACGUCAGAUCAAUGACGACAUUACUUUGCCGGUAGCCAUGUUAUCGUACAAAGGACAUUCGGCCAUCAUUUACAGUCCUACUUUGGACAAUGAUCACCCGAAGAAAUUCGUUCUUCGCACCAGCGUAGGACAAAAGAAUACUUGGAAGGCUAGAAUCAAGAAGCCACGUGAUGAGAGGGGGCAGAUUAUUAAAGACUAA